CUCCAGCGCCAGGGCUCCUCGCCCGGCCGAGCCGGGGCGCGCGCGCGGCGGCGCCAUGUCGCGGCUGUGGCCGCCGUCGCCGCCAGACGCGCUGGUCCCGCCGCUGCCCGCGGACGACUCCGCCAGCGGCGAGCUGUCGCCGCUGCACGCCAAAGUGCUCGACUGGCUCGGCGAGGAGGGCGCCGUGCCGGGCGGCGCGGACGCCGCCCAGGGCUCCGGCGGACCCGCGCCUGCGCUCCCAGGGCUCCGCGCCUCGCUCGGCUCCACCGGCGCCAGCGGCGACCUGGAGGAGAUCCUGGCGCUCGGGCGAGGGGCGCGCCCGGCCGUGGGCCUCGCAGGCAGCAGCAGCCUUGGCCUGGCGGCACCCGAGCAGGCCGCCGGGUUGGGCGACACUUCGGCGUCGGGGGACGCCGCCGGCGCGAGCGCUACGCCGGUGCGGCCCCCCCGGGGCGCAGCGGCGAGCGCAGGCGGCCUCGGGGACAGCCUGGCGGAGCUGCGCGCCUCCCGCUCUGGAUCCGCGACGCGGGCGCGCGGUGAGGC